GCCCGGACCUCCCAAAACUUUCUAGGUUAGCACUCUCUCACCUCAUAUCCCCCCCAAAAAAAAACACUUGGGAACGGUUGAAAUCUUUAAAUCUCAUUCCGAACUUAUUAUUCAUCGCAAAUCUAAUAACUCCCUCAUCCUCUUCCUCCUCCUCGCCUUCUCGUCUCCCCCCUCUCACCAAUUGAGAGAUAUACUUUCUCUACCCCUCCCCCCCUCCUCUUUUGCUUUUCUUUUCCGUAACAUACAAAGCAGAGACAUGAUGCUUACUAGCCGUUUAAUACAGCGGUCCGCUGUACGAUCUGCUUUGCGCACUCCUUCAUCCCUUCCUUCAGUCGUCGCCCCCAUAUCACGAUGGAGAAGAGGAUAUGCUACUGAAGCAGGCGAAAAAGAUCUCGUUAUCAUUGGUGGUGGAGUAGCCGGCUAUGUCGCAGCGAUCAAGGCUGGCCAGGAAGGACUAAAAGUUACCUGCAUUGAGAAGCGCGGUGUUCUUGGUGGCACUUGUCUCAACGUCGGCUGCAUCCCUUCCAAAUCCCUCCUCAACAACUCUCAUCUGUACCACCAAGUCCUCCACGACACCAAGCCUCGAGGUAUCGAAGUCGGCAAUGUCAAGCUCAACCUACAGGCCAUGAUGAAGGCAAAGGAUACCUCCGUCAACAGUCUGACCAAAGGUAUCGAAUACCUUUUCAAGAAGAACGGUGUCGAGUAUAUCAAGGGUACCGCCUCCUUUGCCAGCGAGCACGAAAUCAAGGUUCAGCUUUCCGAUGGUGGCGAGACGAGCGUGGUUGGUAAAAACAUUCUCAUCGCUACCGGUAGCGAAUCGACCCCCUUCCCCGGCCUCGAGUUCGACGAGAAGCGCGUCAUCACCAGCACAGGUGCCCUAUCCCUCGAGAAGGUCCCUGAGAAGAUGAUUGUCAUUGGCGGUGGUAUUAUCGGUCUCGAGAUGGGCUCCGUAUGGUCGAGACUCGGUGCCAAGGUUACUGUCGUCGAAUUCCUCGACCAAAUCGGUGGCCCCGGCAUGGAUACCCAGAUUGCAAAGGAGACCCAAAAGCUUCUGAAAAAGCAAGGUAUCGACUUCAAGCUUGGCACCAAGGUCGUCAGUGGCGACCCGAGCGGUGAGAAGGUCAAGCUCGAGGUUGACUCUGCCAAGGGCGGCAAGCCCGAGUCUCUCGAAGCUGAUGUCGUCCUCGUUGCCAUUGGCCGUCGCCCCUAUACCACCGGACUUGGUCUUGAGAACGUUGGUCUAGAGGUAGACGAUCGCGGCCGGGUGGUCAUUGACUCUGAGUAUCGCACCAAGGCUUCGCAUAUUCGCUGCAUUGGUGACUGCACCUUCGGCCCUAUGCUUGCGCACAAGGCCGAGGAAGAGGCUGUUGCCGCAGUUGAGUAUAUCAAGAAGGGCUAUGGUCACGUCAACUACGGCGUUAUUCCGUCCGUCAUGUACACACAUCCUGAGGUCGCAUGGGUUGGUCAAAGUGAACAGGACCUCAAGAAACAAAACAUACCGUACAAGAUCGGAACAUUUCCCUUCAGCGCCAACUCCCGUGCCAAGACUAAUCUAGACACGGAAGGUCUAGUCAAGAUGAUCGCCGACCCUGAGACAGAUAGACUACUAGGCUGUCACAUCAUUGGCCCUAAUGCUGGAGAAAUGAUCGCCGAGGCCACGCUGGCUUUGGAAUACGGUGCUUCAACAGAAGACAUCGCGCGCACGUGUCACGCCCACCCGACGCUAGCGGAGGCUUUCAAGGAGGCGGCUAUGGCGACAUACUCGAAGGCCAUCCACUUCUAAUGUGUGUAAAUAUAGAGCGGGUAGACGGGCAAGAAAAAAAAAGAAGAGAACAUUAGGAAGGCUAGCAUCGGUGUAAAGGUGUAUAUUACUACAGCAUGUGGGCAAUGAUGAGUGCCGUCCUAAGAUGUGCUUUAAUUGACGAGUCUAAGGGCAGUAUAUGUAUAUAUGUAUACAUGUCAUGUUGUCUUUCGUUUGUCAAUGAUGAUUUUCUCUUAACUACUAGAGAAGAUACCUAGUUAUGCUCAUUAUCCUGUUAAUCCAGCAAGUACCAAAUACCCAGGUACCAUGAAAGACAGGAUCAUGCGGCAUUUCGUUGCUUCUACAAUUCAACUGUAUACAUACCUAGACAAACUAUUCCUACUCUUUAAAUGGAUACAAAACAUCA